AUGUGCUCCCAGCUCUGGUUCCUGACGGACCGGCGCAUCCGCGAGGACUACCCGCAGGUGCAGAUCCUGCGCGCUCUCCGUCAGCGCUGCUCCGAACAGGACGUGCGCUUCCGGGCGGUGCUCAUGGACCAGAUCGCCGUCACCAUCGUCGGCGGCCACCUCGGUCUUCAGCUGAACCAGAAGGCACUUACCACUUUCCCAGACGUGGUGCUCGUGCGGGUGCCCACACCCUCAGUGCAGUCAGACAGCGACAUCACCGUCCUGCGCCACCUGGAGAAGCUGGGCUGCCGCCUGGUCAACCGCCCACAGAGCAUUUUAAACUGUGUCAACAAGUUCUGGACUUUCCAAGAGCUGGCUGGACAUGGGGUUCCUAUGCCAGACACCUUCUCCUAUGGUGGGCAUGAUGACUUUUCCAAAAUGAUCGAUGAGGCUGAGCCCCUGGGCUACCCGGUCGUGGUCAAGAGCACACGAGGACACCGGGGAAAAGCUGUUUUUCUUGCAAGAGAUAAACAUCACCUCUCAGACAUCUGCCAUCUGAUCCGCCAUGAUGUGCCCUACCUGUUCCAGAAGUAUGUGAAGGAGUCACAUGGCAAAGACAUCCGGGUGGUGGUGGUCGGGGGCCGGGUGAUAGGCUCUAUGCUCCGCUGCUCCACAGACGGACGGAUGCAAAGCAACUGCUCUCUCGGCGGUGUGGGUGUCAUGUGCCCGCUGACAGAACAAGGCAAGCAGUUGGCUAUUCAGGUGUCCAACAUCCUGGGCAUGGACUUCUGUGGCAUUGAUCUCCUCAUCAUGGACGAUGGCUCCUUUGUGGUGUGUGAGGCAAACGCCAACGUCGGCUUCUUAGCCUUCGACCAGGCAUGCAAUUUAGAUGUGGGUGGCAUCAUCGCGGACUACACCAUGUCCUUGCUGCCCAAUAGGCAGACUGGCAAGAUGGCUGUCCUCCCGGGACUGUCCAGUCCCAGGGAGAAGAAAGAGCCAGAUGGCUGCACUUCAGCUCAGGGAGUUGCAGAGGGUGUCUACGCCAUCAACAAUGGGUCUACCUCUAGUGAGAGUGAGCCUGAACUGGGAGAGAUCCGGGAUUCCUCAGUGAGCACAGCGGGGGCCCCGCCCCCCAUGCUGCCUGAACCUGGCUACAACAUUAACAACAGGAUUGCUUCAGAAUUAAAACUUAAGUGAAUUCCUGCUUUUUGGGCAGCAUUUAAACCAAAUCCUACUGCUUCCCUAUAGUUUUGAGUGAAUAAAAUCUGGACUAAUGUGAUUUCAUUUGCACAGAAACUAGAAAUCCCAUCUGGGCACUCAGCAUUCUUUCUAACGAUGAUUUAAGCAAACGGCUUAGCUUUGUGGUUUUUACAAAGACUAACCUAAAGACACUCACCACGAGCAACAUCCCGACUGAUCAACUUGAGACCGAUGUCUGCUGCGAGCACUUGGAUAUACGGCUGACUUUUAAGGCGCUGACUCUGUCCUGCUGCUUCUGGCUGUGAUCAGCAGAGCCCAUUAACCCAGAACGGCCCCUGGAAAUACUGUACUCAGAAGCCCCACUGGACGGAGGCGGGUGCAGAAGAGACCGAAUGUGACUGCGGUUAUGUGCUCUUCGUUAAGUGUGUGUGUGAUGUGUGGAGAAUACACAGUCCAAACGCUAUGAGAGGAUCGAUCUCUGCUCCCCGUCAAUCACCAUCUUGGCCAUAUUUCUCUGACACUCAGGAUAUGGUGUUUUAGGGAGCUUCCUCAUUAGCAGUGAAGCACUUUGUAGAAAGUUCGAGAUUGAACGUUCUUUGACUUCACUGGUUGGCAGAUAUCCUGCUGCGUAACUGGGGCUUUCUACAAAUUGCUUUGCCGCUCCGAAUUUAUAGACCCUGCUUCAACUAAUGCCAGCCCCAGCAGCCUCUUGCACCUUUGCUGCCUUUGGCCUCAGCUGGAAAUGCACUUCAACGAGCUAGUGGCCACACACUUUAUUCCUUAUGCGUGCACUAGAAUUGAACACCAUGAACUUUCUUG